CAAGCAACCAACGCAUUCAGGCCCCUCGCGCGUGUUCUGUCUCUCCGAUCCAGCCAGCCAGCCAGCCAUCCAUUCAUCCGUGUGGUGUGGUCGUCGCCUCUCUCCUCCUUUCCUUCUCCGAUCCGCCUCCAGCGUGCAGCGUCCACGUCCUGAUUGUUCAGUGGUUUCUCGAUCGAGACCGCGCGCGCGCAAUGACGAAGCGCACCGCCUUCGCCGCGGACGACGCGAUCAUCGCCGCCGCCGCCGCCGUCACGUCGCAGCCCGGCCGGCGGUUCACGUCGUACCCGCCGGCGAGGGCGCGCGGCGGAUGCAGGCUGGCCCCGGCGGUGGCGGCGGCGGCGCGCCAGGCCACGGACGACCCCGGCGCCGCUGGGUCCUGGCCAGAACUAGUCGUGCCGCGGCACGCCGACUUCGACGACUGGAUGGAGAAGCACCCGUCGGCAUUGGCCGCGUUCGAGUCGGUGCUGGCCGCCGCCAAAGGCAAGAAGAUCGUCAUGUUCCUCGACUACGACGGCACCCUGUCGCCGAUCGUCAGGGACCCCGACAGCGCCGUCAUGUCCGAGGAGAUGCGGGACGCGGUGAGAGGCGUGGCCGAGCACUUCCCGACGGCGAUCGUGAGCGGGAGGUGUAGAGACAAGGUGUUCAACUUCGUGAAGCUGGCGGAGCUGUACUACGCCGGGAGCCACGGCAUGGACAUCAAGGGCCCCACAGCACAGUCCAAGCACACCAAGGCAAAGGCCGGAGCCGUUCUAUGCCAACCUGCGAGGGCGUUCCUGCCGGUCAUUGAGGAGGUGUACCGCGCGCUGACGGCGAGCACGGCGCCGAUCCCCGGCGCGACGGUGGAGAACAACAAGUUCUGCCUCUCCGUCCACUUCCGCUGCGUCCAGGAGGAGAAAUGGCGCGCUCUGGAGGAGCAGGUCCGGUCGGUGCUCAAGGAGUACCCGGACCUCCGCCUCACCAAGGGCAGGAAGGUCCUCGAGAUCCGGCCGUCCAUCAAGUGGGACAAGGGCAACGCCCUGCAGUUCUUGCUCGAGUCUCUCGGUUUUGCUGGCAGUAACAGUGUCUUCCCGAUAUAUAUCGGAGACGAUAGCACCGACGAGGACGCGUUCAAGGUCCUGCGCAACUUGGGGCAAGGGAUCGGGAUCCUGGUGAGCAAGAUUCCGAAGGAGACCCGCGCAUCCUACUCCCUGCGUGAACCUUCUGAGGUGGAGGAGUUCCUGCGCAAGUUGGUCAGCUGGUCCAAGGAGAGCAGGCAACGGGACUAGUCAUGGUCCAGUCAGCAGGCGAUGGAAAGCUUUGCCUAGAAGCGGUCGACAGGGCCGGCUCUCGUUUUUUUAAGGGCCAUAGACCAACCUCGAUGUUUAGGCCUCUGAUUUUUUUAUUGUCAAUAACUGUAAUAAAAUAGAGGGAAAAUAAUAAAAAUAAUUUAAUGGU